GCUCCAUUUUGUUAGACAAACAGGAUGGAUACUUAGGUUAUUUCUCUCUAGUACAAUUAUUACUUGUUAGGUCUAAAGGAAAACUGUAUGUAUUCUGAUUUUUGAACUUUAACUUUGUUUACAUAUCUUUAAUUUUUGACUGUUUGUACGUAAUAUUUAUGUCUGAUUGUUCUCAUUAAGCUAUAUUUCUGAAGUUUUUUUUUUAAUUUGGAGUUUUUUCAAAGUAUGGGGUUUUUGUGUUUGUAUGUGAGUGACAGGAAGUAACUGUUGUCUAGUUUCAGGUUAUGCUGGUAAGCUGUUUUACUUCUUCUUUAGGGAUGUGUUAAGACUUGUGAGAUGUUCAUUUUCUAGGUAGAAACUGAAUCUAUCAGUUAGGGUCGACCUGGGAGAAAGCAAGGUAAUUUGGACUUCUCAGACAGGGAAAAAGCAAUGCUUUAUAGAGCUGAAGAUUAAGGGUCUUGCUUGUGAUGCUGAAGAUGAAGGUUUAAAUCCUUUCAUCAGUUUGAAGUGAUCUGGAUAGGAAGGCCUUGCUCUAAGUAGAGCAAAUCUGUCUUCUCUGGCGUUUUGAUAACCAAUAAUUUUGGAAAAAAAAAAAAAGAAAAAAAAGAUUUCACAGUUUUAAAAAAUAAUUUGUAGUAUUCUGAAAGGUGGUAGUAUGUGAUUAGUCACUUUUGUAAUGAUAAAUCUGUUUGAGCUUAUUGUAUUCAGGUAACUAGAGAACAUGGGACUUUCAAAGGAAGUUUGUGUAUUGUCACCUCUGGGCAACUCACUGGGUGAUGAGAUUCACUUUUACCCAAGUGUCCACAAAACUACUCAUUGGUAUGAUCUUCAGAUAGGAUACUUCUCAUUCAUGGAAAUUAGGAGCAACCAAGAAAAAGGUCUGACUUGUAUAUCUGGCUGGAGAAGAUAAAAUAUAGAUAGUCUCACUGAGGAAAAUAAUUCCCUGCUUCACCUUGCAGACAAAUAGGUCAGUAUUAUUCAUAGAACAUAAAGCUGCAUGUGCUUUUGAAGAGACAAGGACCUUCAAUACUCAGCGGAUUUGGGUUAUGAGAAGUUAGGCUUCAAGAAAUAUUGCAAAGUACUUAGUUCUGUUUCAUGUUACCACCUGAGUGAAGGUUGUCAAGUUCUAAGAAAAGCAGACAUGAGUUUGUCUUCAAGAAGAGUGACAUUGCCUGCAGUUAUGCCAAUAACUCUGCAGAAACGGGUAAUUAAAGUUUAUAGUGAAGAUGAUACUAGCAAAGCUUUGGAAGUCCCAACUGAUAUAACAGCCAGGGAUGUAUGUCAGCUGUUGAUAUUGAAGAACCACUAUAUUGAUGACCACAACUGGACUCUGUUUGAGCACCUUACUCACACAGGUUUAGGAAGAGCUAUAGAAGACCAUGAGUUAGUGAUGGAAGUUCAGUCAAACUGGGGAAUGCAAGAGGAAAACAAAUUCUAUUUUAGAAAAUAUUAUGCCAAAUAUGAAUUUUUCAAAAAUCCUGUGAGCUUUUUCCCAGAUCAUAUGUUAUCUUUUCCAAAUGAGACCAAUGCAGCUAUAAGUCACUCUGGGAUAUUACAGAUGUUCCUAAGCUCCAGCACAUAUCCUGAGAUUCAUGGUUAUUUGCAUGCAAAGGAACAGGGGAAAAAAUCAUGGAAAAAAUUGUUCUUUCUUUUGAGAAGAUCCGGUCUUUAUUUUUCCACUAAAGGUACAUCUAAGGAGCCAAGGCAUCUGCAGUUUUUCUGUGAAUUCAGCAAUAGUGAUAUGUACAUGUCUUUGACAGGCAAAAAGAUUUCUGGAGCACCAACAAACUAUGGAUUCUGCUUUAAGCCUAACAAAUCAGGAGGAACCAGAGACCUGAAACAGCUCUGUGCAGAUGAUGAGCAAAGUAGGACCUGUUGGAUGACAGCAAUUAGGUUGCUUAAGUAUGGGAUGCAGCUGUAUCAGAAUUACAUGCAACCAUAUCAAGGUAGAAGUGGCUGCAGCCCUUUGAAUAUAACACCCAUGAGAAGUAUUUCAGAAAAUUCUUUAGUAGCAAUGGAUUUCUCAGGACACAGAAGCAGAAUUAUAGAAAAUCCAAUGGAAGUCCUUUCAGUUGCAGUUGAAGAAGGAUUAGCAUGGCGGAGGAGAGGGUGUCUGCGACUCAACUCACAUGGUAGUCCUAUUGCCAUGUCUAACAUGGCUAUACACAGAUCUCAGUCUUGGUUUCAUCAUAAAAUCUCUAGAGAUGAAGCUCAGAGACUUAUUUUGCAGCACGGACUUGUAGAUGGGGUAUUCUUGGUCCGUGAUAGCCAAAGUAACCCCAAGACAUUUGUAUUGUCAUUGAGUCAUGGAUUAAAAAUAAAGCAUUUUCAAAUUGUACCCUUGGAAGAUGAUGGAAAGCUAUUUUAUACCCUUGAUGAUGGUCAGACCAGAUUUACUGAUCUCAUCCAGCUAGUGGAAUUCUACCAACUUAAUAAAGGAGUACUGCCUUGCAAGUUAAAACACUAUUGCGCACGAAUUGCUCUUUAA